CCCUGCGGCCGGCGAGCCCGGGCGGCCUCUCCACCCGGCCCCGGCGGGAGCCGCCCGUCCGCCCCGCAGCGCCCUGCGGCCCCGGGGCCGGACAGCGAGGAGGAGCAGUUCGUCUUCCCCGAGUACGUGCCCGAGCCGGGCCCGGCGCCGGCCGGGGAGCCGCCCGCCGCCCCGAGCCGCCCGGAGAGGAGGCCGCGGGAGAAGCGGCAGCACCGGGUGACGGGGCGGCCGGACCCGUCGGUGCCGCCCAGCGGGGUGAGCUGCUCGGGCUGCGGGGCGGAGCUGCACUGCCGGGACCCCGCCGUGCCCGGCUACCUGCCCAGCGAGAAGUACCGCCGCCUGAUGGGCGGGCAGCCGGGGGGCUCGGAGGGGCAGGGGGCCUUGGGGGUCUCGGAAGGAUUGGGGGUGCAGGGGGCCCUGGGGAGGAUGGGGGCACAGGAGGCCCUGGGAGGCUCGGAAGGAUUGGGGGUGCAGGGGGCCUUGGGGAGCUCGGAAGGAUUGGGAGUGCAGGGGGCCCUGGGAGGCUCAGAAGGAUUGGGGGUUCAGGGAGUCCUGGGGGGCUCGGAAGGAUUGGGGGUGCGAGGGGGCACAGGAGGCCCUGGGAGGGCUCGGAAGGAUUCGGGGGUGCAGGGAGUCUUGGGGGGCUCGGAAGGAUUGGGGGUGCAGGGAGUCUUGGGGGGCUCAGAAGGAUUGAGGGUGCAGGGGGCCCUGGGGAGGUCAGAGGCGCACCGGGCCCUGCAAGGGGCGGUGUGUCAGCGCUGCUGGCUCCUGGUCCAUCACCAGCAGGCGCUGCACAUGCAAGUGUCCCGGGAGCAAUACCGCAGUCUGGUGAGUGCUGCCCUGCGCAGCCCCCCACGCCAUGGACGCCGCCCCCUGGUGCUAUACAUGGUGGACAUGCUGGACCUGCCCGACUCAGUGCUACAGGACCUGCCUCAGCUGGUGCCAGCAGGGUCCAACAUCCUGGUGGUGGGCAACAAAGUGGACCUGUUGCCUGGGGAUUCUCCAGACUAUCUGAAGCGCUUUCGAAAAGAGCUGCUGAGGAGCUGUGCCCGUGUGGGCAUCCUCCCUGCAGUCCAGGGCACGGGGGGCCAGGUUGGCAGGACUGCGAGCCAGAACUUGGUGGAUGUGCACCUGAUCAGUGCCAAGACAGGCUAUGGAGUGGAGGAGCUGAUCUCCAAACUGCAGCACUCCUGGAAGUGCAAUGGCGAUGUGUAUCUCGUAGGAGCUACCAACUCCGGCAAAUCCACACUGUUCAAUACCCUGCUGCAGUCUGACUAUUGCAAGUCCAAAUCCUCGGAGGUGAUCAACAGAGCAACAAUCUCGCCCUGGCCAGGCACAACUUUAAACCUCCUGAAAUUUCCAAUUAUUAACCCUACAUCUGACAGACUGUUCAGGAGACAGGAGAGGCUAAAAGCAGAUGCAGAAAAAACGGAAGAACAACUUAGUGAUGAUGAACAAAAAUAUCUUAAAUGCCUUAAAAAGCAAGGUUACUUAAUAGGAAGAGUUGGAAGAACAUUUCAACAACAGAAGUCAAAAGCUGUCAUUGACUUUGAUCCUGAUGAGCUCUCUUUUAACAUGGAAGAGGAGCCUGUCUUUUCAUCCAACAAGCCUAAAGAGAGAGUGGAAUUUACAUACAAUGAACUGAAAGAUGCUCGCUGGUUUUUUGACACGCCGGGGAUUGUAAAAGAAAAUUGUGUUUUAAAUCUUCUAACAGAGAAAGAAGUAAAGCUCGUCUUGCCGACACAUGCCAUUGUUCCACGGACCUUUGUACUUAAGCCUGGAAUGGUUUUGUUUCUAGGCGCUUUGGGACGCAUAGACUAUUUGCAGGGAGCAAAAUCCUCCUGGUUUUCUGUUGUGGCUUCUAACCUGUUGCCAGUCCAUGUUACUACCCUGGAGAAAGCAGAUAGCAUCUAUCAGAAACAUGCUGGAAAAACAUUACUGAAGGUGCCCAUGGGGGGUGAAGAGCGAAUGAAGGAAUUCCCGCCGCUUAUUCCUCAGGAAAUUACGCUGGAAGGAAUUGGCACCCUCGAGGCAGUGGCUGACAUAAAGCUGUCCUCUGCUGGUUGGGUUGCAGUAACUGCUCACUUGGAAGACAAACUACAGCUGCGAGCCUAUACUCCUGAAGGGACAACACUGAUGAUACGUAAACCUCCUCUGUUGCCACAUAUCGUUGACAUCAAAGGGAACCGCAUCAGAGGAAGUGCGUCCUAUAGAACUAAAAGGCCACCUCCCCUAGUGGAGAACUUAAAGGCAAAUGGAACAAAUAAAAAAAGGGGUAUCUAAAAUUUAAGAAGCACAGGAGCUGGGAAGCCCUUGGACAUACGUGUUGCUUACAGAAAAUUAUGAAAACAAUUAUUCAUAGAGAACAUACAUUCUGAUUUUAAGAUUGGCUUCUGUAAAACGUGUUUGAAAGACCUAGCAAAUGCAGAUUUGAAGUUUGUAUCAGGCUACUGCAUAGUGCAGCUCAUGGGAUCAUGUGAUUUGCAGUCUCUACUUCCCAUUACCAGAUGGCCUGCCUCAUUCAGACUCUAGUUCUGCAUUCGACAGACAGAUGUGGCAUCACUUCACGUUAUUGCUGGUUCCCCUACAGUGAGUGGAGUAUGGCUGCCGUCAGGAUGGGAGGGUAAUCUCAGUUACAGCAGGAGAGCUUUAGUGAAGCUGUCAAAACAUGUAAAUCUUUCUGGUUGCUACCGAUAUUUGGACAGGAGACACAUUGCUUGUUUUUUGGCUUUUUCGCAUGAAAUUAGUGAUAAAGAUUUCAGAAAGAA